GAGCAGAGCUUCAAAGUACCAUCUUGGUCUCACUAGCAAAGGAAUUUUGUACUUUCAAGAGUGAAAAUGGGCGAUUACGAAGUGGUCUUGUUCACUGGAGAUCUAGCAUGUGCUGGUACUCACAAUAAAGUCUUCAUUAAGCUUGUCGGCACAGCAGGGACGAGUGAAUUCACAAAAUUCAAAUCAGUCUUCCAGAGAGGACAAAAAACACCGACAACUGUGUUCUGCCCAACCCUCCUUGGAGAUCUGGUGCUCAUAGAGCUAAAGAAACAGGAUUUGUUUGUCCAACGCUCAUGGUAUCCUGCCAAGGUGGAAGUCACUUCCCCUGAGGAUAAGACCUACAGCUUUCCAAUUUAUCACUGGAUCACUGACAGCAAGGUGCACUACUUUAGAGAGGGGACAGCAAAAAUCGAUGAUGGUAACCCUCUUCCUGGUGGGUACAGUCGGCAGCAGGACCUGGAGUGGGAACAGAGUGUGUAUCGCUGGGAUAUAUAUAAAGAGGAAAUUCCCCAUUGCAUUAGGACAGACACUUCACUGCCCUAUGAUGUCUGCUUCUCUUUAACCAAGAAUACAGAGUUGGCCUACAAUUACAUGAGAGGACCAGUAGAGCUGGAACUUGCAGAACUACUUGAGUGUAAGAAAAGAUUUACUUCUAGGGAUGAUAUACGUCGUCUUUUUUACGCCCAUCACACUAAGAUAUCAGAUUAUGUCAUUCAACACUGGACGGAUGAUUUUUUCUUUGGCUACCAAUUUCUGAAUGGCGUAAACCCCCUGAUGAUCCAAUGUUGUGUAGAACUGCCCAAGAACUUUCCUGUUGCUGAUGAAAUUGUCUUCCCUGAUGGUCAGAAUAAAUUGACAGAUGAAAUGGAGAAGGGCAACAUCUUCCUGUGUGACUACAAACUUUUGGAUGGAAUCCAAACAAACACCAUCAACGAGAAAAAACAGUACUUGAUGGCCCCUCUUGUCCUACUCUGGAAAACUGAUGGUAAAUUGAAACCAAUUGCUAUUCAGCUGAAGCAGAAACCAGCAGAAGACAACCCCAUCUUUUUUCCUACUGAUUCUGAGCACGACUGGUUGUUGGCUAAGAUCUUUGUGAGAAGUGCAGAUUUUAACCUGUAUGAACUUAAUGCUCACCUGCUCCGCACUCACCUGCUGGCUGAGGUUUUUACACUCUCCCUACUGCGCAACCUGCCCAUGGUGCAUCCUCUCUACAAGCUUCUCAAGCCUCACACCCGUUACACUCUUCACAUCAACUCCUUAGCUCGGACGCACCUUAUAAAUAAGGAUGGAAUUUUCACUAAGUUUGCAGCUUCAGGUGGAGAGGGUGCCUUCACAAUCCUGCAGAGAUCGCUGGCCUCACUGACCUACAGCUCACUCUGCAUCCCAGAUGAUAUUUCAAUGCGUGGCCUGAAAUCUGUGCCAAACUUCUACUACAGGGAUGAUGGACUCAGGCUUUGGAGAAUCAUACAUAGGUUUGUCUUGGGAGUGCUGGGCCACUACUACAAAUCUGAUGCUGAGGUCCAGAAAGACUCUGAAGUGAAUAAAUGGAUUUAUGAUAUUUACGAACAUGGAUUCCUUUCCAAAGAAGAGACAGGAAUUCCACAGAAAUUCAACACUGUGGACGAGAUGGUCAAGUUUGUCACCAUGGUGAUCUUCACUUGCUCAGCCCAGCACUCAGCUGUCAACACUGGACAGUAUGACUUUGGUGCCUGGAUGCCCAACUAUCCUACCACCAUGCAGCUUCCCCCACCAACCACAAAGGGGGAAGCCAACGAAAACACAAUGCUGGAAAAAUUCCCCGAGGUUAACACAACAGUUCAUGGCAUGGGUACCAUGUGGCUACUGAGCAAGUCAUCAGCUGACUGCGUCUUUCUUGGCAACUACCCUGAAGAGCACUUCACUGAGGAGGUUCCUCUCAAGAAGAUAAAACAAUUUCAAGAAGACCUGGGAAAACUGAGUGCAGACAUUGAAGACCGAAACAAGAGACUGGACCUGCCGUACACAUACCUGGAUCCAAAGUUCAUUGAAAACAGCGUGUCCAUCUGAAUAUUAGAGGGCAUCUUACCCUCCUUCAGCUUCAUAUUAAUCAAAAAGAAAAGUAGGGUAUAGUGAAAGAAAAAUAAAAACUAUUUCUUAGCUUAUCAAUGAACAGGGAAAUUAAAAAUAGAUGUGACUAAGAUGUUUUUUUUAUGAACAGGGUCUUUGCAGUCAUGUUUUCUUUUCUUUUGUUUUGACACAUGAAUUAAUUCUUUUUUUUUAAAAAAUACUAUUGCUGUGGGUGUGUUUAAUAUUUAGAAAAUGGGCCAGAGGGAUAAGUGUGUAACUGAUUCUAUAUGUCUUGAUGCAUGCUCAAUCAUCCAGAUAAGGAAAACCCAAAAAGUUCAUUCUGUUUAUCUGGAUGUAUUGUUUUCAGUGGGAGAAACUGAUUCUAUAUAUUUAGCUUUUGUUUUAUGUAAUAUUUAACUUCAGAUUAACUAACAGGAAAACUAUACAAAUUGUUAUGAAGCUUCCACAUUGAGGUUUUUAAGAAUGGGAUUCUUCUCUGCAGUCUUCUGGAUUUCUAAUUUUUAUUUGUUAUUUUUUUUCUUUCCACUAGAAUUAUUUUCCACUUUUUUGGCAUUGUGCUGCAUGUUUAGUUUACACUGAUAAAUGAAUUCAUCUACGUUGAUGUGGAAUCCAUACCAAAUAUUGACAUACUUUUAAACAAGAUUCACAAAGCGAAAUGGAGACAAUAGCAUACCCCUCAAAUAUAUUGUUUCAUUUAAUAAUCUCUGAAAUUAUGUGAUGAGGACAAAAUACUGUGUAACUGCCACAUUAUGAUCACAUGAUUUUAACAUUAAACUCAAAGGUUAAAGCACUGUUUUCAUUCUGUGUGACUUCAUAAAUCACUUUCUGACAGUUCUUCUUUUUUUUCUAAUAGUUGAUUAUUGAGCAAUAAAUGGUGCUAGUUUCAUCUCUGUCUGUGUCGUCCCCCCCCGGUCU